AUGUUACAAAAAUAUUUCUACGAAAGUGUUCAACGAUUCGAUCUGGAUUUUGUUCCACUUCGUUAUGUUCACGAUGUCACAUUGUUUCAAUUUUUCCGCUAUUUGCACUCACUGGCCUUUGAAUGGAUCAUUGCCGUGUACAUGGGCCGUGCAAUACACAACUUGCAAACGCAGGGAGAUAUCGAAGUGAGAAUCUUCGAGAUUCCACCCGAUGGAGAUAUCACGGACAAGCUUUAUGCUUUAUGGCGACUUGCAGAUGAACAAAAUUCUUUUUCUUCAUAUCGGAAGCAUUUCAAAGCACGAGAUCGGGAUAAGGAUGGACUAAGAAUGGUCCUCCGAAGUGGAAAUUUGAAGAGGAAAGAUGAUCAGCGAGUCCUCUGCAUCGCCUAUCACAUCAGAAAGCUCGCCGUAGCGCUCACGGGAAAAGCUGGUCAUGAAGUUGUUGUCUUCAAUAUCGAUACUGGUGCUCCGGCCUUUCGCAAAGCGACUCCCACAAAAGUCAAACACAUUCAAUGGAAGUCGAAUUCAUCAAUGUUCCUAAUCACUGAGGACUACACGCUGCUCGAGAUUUGCAUUGCCACCGGAAAAAUUGAAACGACUCAACUCACUUCUGAACAUUUGAAAGAUCGUCAAUGGGAGAUCACGGCUGGUGCGGUUUGGCGAAAAGGUGAAGGUCGACAAGAUCAAGGAUUGGCUGUGGCUGUGGCGGUGAAAUGCGAUCGAGAUAUUCUAAAGUCAGCGAUCAAAGCCGGCUCAGAUUUGUAUGGAAAACACCGGAAAAGAAAGGCAAAAAGGGGCGAAGACAAGUACAAUGAAGAUGGAGAAGAGAUCAAAGAAGAACCGGCUAGUGAAGAUGAAGAGUUUGAGGAGAAAGUGGCUCUUUUGACAUGGCAUUUAACUCCGGAACGGAAAAUCGAGGCGAAGCUUUCAGCUUUUUUCGAAGAUUGUCACUCACAACCCGUCCAUUCAAUGCUUUUCUCCGAUAACCUUCUCUUAACAGGUGGAGAAGACGGUCUAGUCAAUGUGUUAGACGUGAAUGAAGUGGAUGAAGAUGAAGCUAUUCAGACAACGGUUAUGGCAGACAGCUCGAUCUCGAAGGUUUCUCCACUCAAGAAUGGUUUUUUCGGCAUUAUUACCGACGACAACAAACAGCUAUUGAUUCGAAAGAAUGCGGCUGACGACUUUGAUGUUUUGCACAAGCGAGUGAUGAAACGAGGACAUUUCUUGAUCGAUUUGGUGCCGGGAAAAGACGAUGAAAAACCAGUGGCUGCAGUUGAAGCCGAUUCACGCGGAGAGGUGACAAUCACCGCUUUCGACGAAGCGGGCAAAAAUGCCGAGCUUCUCGUUCGAUCAUACACACAUCCAGAUUUGAUUCAAUAUGUUUCGGCACAAGGAAACGUGGUUUGUGCAGUGGAUUGCGAGGCAAACUGGAGUGCUUACAACAUCACGCAUGCCGAGGGGAACAUUGCAGAUGAGAAGCCGAUUGAAGAGAAUGCUGAAGGAGAAAUGAAGCCGAGGUUUUUCAACAAGGAUCGAUUCAACGGCGGCCGUGGUGGUGUUCAUCAACAUAAUUUUAACGAAAAUCGCGUGCAAAAGGAGCCGGGAAUUGUUUCAUUUGAAGAUGAUACUACUACACAACAAAGAGGACAGGACCCAUAUAGAAACUUCCCUCAACGACGUCAAUUCAAUGAUAGAGGUCGUGGUAAUGGAGGGAAUCACCGAGGUUUUAACAGAUUCAAUCGAGAUGAUCAACGAGGAGGAGGCGCUCGUGAACGUGGUCAUUUCAAAGUUGGACAACAUAGAGAAUCAAAUGGAAACGACGAAUAUGGACAUGAAGGCGGCUUUAGGAAUUUUGGGCAAAAUAGAGAAUUUAACGAAAAUUAUGGACCGCCUCGUGAUCGAGGUGGUUUCAAGAAAUUCGGACAAAAGAGAGGAGGUUUCACUCGUGGAAGAGGUGGCGGCGGGGGUGCUGACCGCAAGCCAUCGACACUUGGAGGCGGACGUUAUAAACCCUAU